UGCUCGUGACCGACGCUAAGUACAGCACCGAAUCCAACACCGCCGCCGCCUCCGCCUCCGCCGCCGCCGCCGCCGCAGCCGCAACCACAACCACAAUCACAUUAUAUGACUCAUUCACUUCAUACUGCACACUCUACACACUCCACACAUCAUACACAUUCAUCCAUAGUUUCACAUUCACAGAAAUUUCGUAAAAACAAUAACGCCGCGGCCGCUGCCAAUUCAAAUAGUAUAUUUAGUCAGCGCGCAACUUCAAUCCCCAACCACAGCAGCAACGCGGCAAUGGCAUUCAAGCAAGGCUUGCCCACAGCAUCAUCGAUUUACCAAAGGAACAAUAGUCGCCGGUUGCAGAAUAAUAUGUCUGCUGGCGGUAUGAUGAGUGUGGUGCGUGCUGGUGGUGGUGGUGGUGGUAGUGGCGGUGUCGUCGCCACAACCAACGAGAAACCGCUUACCUUUUCCACUUCAAAAUCGACAACUGCAAAUGCUAACUCCAAUCAGAGUCAUCAGUUUACAAAUUAUACAAAUUGCGACAACUCUAAUAGGAAUAGUUGCUAUAAUGCCGCCACCAAUGUCGCCGAUACCGCUGCCGCUGCCGCUAUCACAACCACAGCUACCAUUUCCAAUCCUAAUAACGACAACAAAAAUUAUAGUUACCAUAAUUCAUGUAACACAAAUGCUGACAUCAAUAGCCACCAAAUGAAUGCCGCUGAUGACGUUGAUGACAACGCCGACGACGAUCUGUUGAUGAUGACCGAUAACACUACAACAACUAUUAAUUGUAAGUUUUUAACACAGCAAUACUAUUUAUUAUUGGCUUUUAGCGACCAACAAAACAAAACUACUCUGACUGGAUAUCGAUUUUUCCUCUAUACUCCUAAUUUUCCUUUAACUGUACCUAUUUAUGUAUGUAUUUUAUCAAUUUACUUUGAUUUACAUAUUACUUUUAUUACGAUUUUACAC